AAUCAUGACGAAGACGACAGAAAAACCGCCAUUAUGAGAAGGAGGAGGAGGAGAGGAGGGAGGGUGAAUAAGGACUCGUGAGACAUCGAAGAAAGAGGCAGAGACAAGAAGAUAAAGAGGAAAGCGAGCGACGUGAGUGAGGUCUAGCUAAUCUUUAUCAUGAGGCGGUACGAGAAGUAAACGGAACGGUCAAGGGAGAGAAGGUGGUGAAGUGAGGAGAUAGGGAGAGUGUGGGGGAAGCGGAGGAAGGGAACGGUGGGGUUGAGGGCAUUGGUAGGAAGGAGGAUAGGAGGGAUGUGGAGGGAAGGAGAGAGGGAGGGAGGCCUGCGAGAGCUGACUGCAGUAUUGAUCACAGCUGUGAGGAGGGAGGUGGAGGUGUGUCGUGACGCCGCCUCCUGGAGACACCACACCUCGCUCCCUCGUGCAAGUGUCCCUAUUCCUUACACACACCUACCUGCUUCAGCUAACCAGCGAGGGGAAACCCUCCGGCAGGGGAUUCACCAAAGCGUAAGGUGGUGUAGCCCCAGCCGAACCCAUAAUCCCCCCUGACAGAGGCAGCAUCCGCUCAGUGCAAGACGAACAGCAGGUGUGUGAAGAUGAAUGUGCAGAAACAGUUGUUUUGAGAGUGUGAGAGCUUCAGGGUAGGGUAGGAGACGAUCGCAAGGAAGUGUAUGUGCGUGAGAAGACCAAGGGAAGGCGUCGACAGCAUCACAAGACCUAAGAGGUGUCGUCCUUGUUGCGAUGUAAACAAACCGGCCGGGAGCAUCCAGUACCGGGAACCGCGGGAGCUUAUUAGCACAGCCUCACUUGCCUCCACUGGAGUAACCCCUCUCCAUUCUUAGGACUCUGUGGUCAGAAAGACGUGUUUGUUUUCAAGCCUGCUGUGGCUGGCUGGCUUGUCAGGCCAGACGAGCAUCAAGCAUCGUCAGUGAGCAGUGAUGACAUGACCAAGACGUUCUCUCGUACCAUGCAGAGUCCUCCCACAGUCAGCGGCAGGAGAGGGAGCGAAUGACCGCCAUCACGCGACACUGAAGAAGGCGGUGAAGAAGAAGCAACGCUGACAAACACACGACCUCCUGGGACAGAACGAAGAAGGCGACGGCGAGGAUGCGGCGGAGAAUCGAGGCAGCGUAAAGCAAUGAAUGUAGCCUGCCUCAUCAGUGUCACCAGUUGGGGAGUACAGUGAAGGCCAGUGAACGAUACGGAAAGGAAAGAGGGAGAAUGCAGUGAUAUACAUGUAAAUUUUUUAGUAUUACGCCGACAGUGAUAUAGAUAUAAGUAAAUAAAAACAGUGAUAUAGUGAAUUAUGAAACUCUGCUAAUGAUGGUAAAGGAGGAGCAGUGAAAAGAGGAACUGGCAGUGAUUCCAUAGCAAUGUAGAAAGGAGAAGCGAGUAGUCUUGACAGAGGUACUGAAGCCAAACAAUGAAACCACACAUACAUGACCACUAGAUGAGAUUCUGCAGUGACCAAUCUGUUGCAGUGACGUGCGCGAGACCACACAUGAAAACAAAGGAAGGACAUACUCGUACAUUUACAACAGCAGCUCUGUUGGUUUCUAGGCGUGUGUUUGUGGUAAAGUAUACUAUCUCAUCUAAAGAAAGAGACGUGAUACGGUAAAAGAAGGAACUGAAAGCUGGUACGGUAAUGUGUUCCUUGCAGUGAAGAAAACAAGAAAAAAAAAAGAUGAUGUGAUGUAACGGAGAGAGAGAGAGAGAGAGAGAGAGAGAGAGAGAGAGAGAGAGAGAGAGAGAGAGAGAGAGAGAGAGAGAGUUUCGAUCCACCAAGACACUGAGUGAAGCGAGCGAGCGUCAUUAUAAACAGUUACUACUUCUACUCUGUGCUCCUGUCCUACCACUCACUCCCCGCCCACCAUUCCACUGAGUUUUCUGCGGUGGUGACUAAUGGACGGAUGGAGGAGCCGCAGGACUGACGAGUUCCAUCCAACACUCCUACGCAGAGAGGGAGAAAAGUUUGAAAUGAGUUAACACGAAAAAAAAGUAAAGAACAUUCUAAAUAGAAGCACAAGUUUUAUAAUUUUCCAGGGGAUGGAUGAGAGACGCAUGGGUGGUGGCGUGGCAUAGAAAUUAGUGAGAAAAUAAGGAAAAGAACAAUAAAAGUAAGAGCAGAAAGACGCUUUGUCGGCGGAAAAGUAUUGAAGUAUACGAGAAAAUAAAGUAAAGAGUAUUCAACAGUAUCUAGGCGUAUCUAGUAAGCGUAUCUUCCAGUGAAUGCAUGAUGACAAACGUGUUAAACAUUAGAAAAACUAUGACGAAAACUGGACAAAAAUAGAAAUCUUGUGAAGGAAACAUUACGGUAUUACAAUGAGGAAUACCUGAUAUCAGAAGUGCAAUUAGUUACGAUAAAUGGAAGAGAUCUAGAAGUUGUGAAGCUGUGGAGAGCAGACGCCUGACCAUGAACGCUGGCCGUCUGUAGUGAAGCAUCAAAAGCAAGACCGUGAGAGGACAGCGCCACACACACACACACACACACACACACACACACACACACACACACACACACACACAACUUAUCACACACACACACCACUGGGAAACGUGUGCACGUGCCAGCCACACGCUUGCAGCGGAUCCCAGCACCGUAUUGCAAGACCCGCCUGACCGCAGCAUGAGGGAGGAGGGCCUGCUGGUGGUGGCGGCGUGACGGCCCUGGACGGCUCUCAGUCCGUCCCAGAAUGCCCCGCCUUUCUUUAGAAGGAUGGCUGCCGGCGGCCAUCCUCUGUCUGGGGCUGGCGACUGAGACAGGAGGCAGCCCCGUGCACGCCCCCACGGCCAGCUGGGCCGGUGGGCAGCAAGCAGGAGAAGAAUUUGCCAUUCCGCGCCACUACCCUGUCGCUCAUCCCGAGGAGCGGUACGGCCCCCCACGCCGUCAAUAUCCGCAGUAUGGUGGGUACACUCACCGUGGUCUGGAGGCGAAGACCGCCCAGCGGCUGGACUACGAGCUGGAGCAGCCCUACCAACACGAGGUAAACCUGUACGAGUAUUCGUACACGGAAAGCACCGCACAUGGCGACGCAGGCACUAAGUAUGGCCGGCCGGUGCCACGGCGGCCGGUGACGGGAGACGGAACCACACUGUCUCGCCGCUACGGAGGACGCCUGUGGUGGACAGCAGGGAUGCCCUUACCCGUGGUGGGUGCCCGUGGAGAGCCUUAUAUACCACGGGCUCUGGGUCCCGAGGGCCAACAAAGCAGGGGAGGUAGCGAGGCUCGCCGCGGAGCUCCGACACGGCGCUUGCUGCACAACGAGUCCUUGGUGGGCGCGGCGCGAGUCCAAAAGUCGUUGCAGCAAUCGGUGCGUGAGACACCGCUCUUCGGGCAGUACUUCCCUGACGUGCGGGCGGCGCCCACCACAACAAUCGCUCCCACCCAGCCCCGUGCCAGGCAGCCCAGCGGCCUCGAGUCCUUCCUCCGCUUAAUGACGGAAGAAGAGUCUCCUGGGGUAGCUCCGGGGGAGAUGGUGCCAAACUCCCCCAGGGACGGGCAGGGCCUCAGCCGCAGCAAUAGAGGGCGUGGGUGGGAGGGGCAGGCUGACCCCCAUGAAGGGCAGCCAGCGCCAGCACCCGUCACCGCCACAGCCGUGCUGGGCUCCAUCAUGCUGCUCAUCAUCCUCGUGGUGGUGAUGGUGGCUCUCCGUGUACAGUGGCGGGAGAGGGUGAAGGGGGAGGAGGAGUGGCGGGUUGGCUCCCCCACCGUCCAGCCCCCGACCCCCGCCCCGUCCAACACCACAGGCCCGUCACCCUCCGCCUCCUCACAACACCUCAGCCCCCUGGACCACCUGCACCCCGAGCCCAUCAGGAUAAAGGCGAAGGGGCUGCUGGAGAGGCGGGGUUCCAACACCAGCCUCACCCUGGAGCUGGCGGCCCCUGGACCUCCCCCAGACGUGACUUCUCCCCCACGCCACUGCACGCCCGAGGAAUACCUCAUGACGGCGGGCAACAGGAUGAGUCGGCGCCAGUUGCGGCAGUGCCUGAAGGAAGGGCGGGCUCUGCAUGCUGAGUUCUGGGAGGUACCACUCAACCAUCCUGACAAGUGUGAUGUGCCGGGUAGCGCCUCCAAGAACAGGUACCGCACUGUGCUUCCUAACGAGAGUACGCGAGUCACCCUGUGCAGCUCAGACCCCACCGGCCAGUACAUCAACGCCAACUACGUCAGGGGUUACGACGGGCAGGAGCGAGCGUACAUCGUGACUCAAGGCCCCCUGGCUAACACCGUGGUGGAUCUGUGGCGGCUGGUGCUGCAGGAACGCUCCCCAGCCAUCGUCAUGAUCACCAGGCUCAAGGAAAAGCAGCGGGUGAAGUGCGAGCCUUACGUGCCCUCCCACACCGGCACCUACGGGGACAUCACGGUCACGGUGCGCCAGGUGAUCGUCAAGAGUGGAUACACCAUCCGGCAGCUGUCCCUUCAGCGUGGGGAGGAGAGGCACGACACCCUUCACUUCUGGUACACUGCCUGGCCCGACCACAAGGCUCCCUCCGAGGCUGACCAGCUCCUGGCGAUGGCGCUGCAGGUGGACCACGUUAGGAAGCAGCAGGCCGGGACGGGGGUGGUGGUGCACUGCUCGGCUGGCAUAGGGCGCAGCGGCUGUUUUGUGGCCAUCAGCAUCGCCAUCAACCAGUUGCUGGAGGAGGACGCGGUGGACAUCCUCGGCAUCGUGUGUCAAAAUGAGGUUGGACAGGGGCGGCAUGGUGCAGACAGGGGAGCAGUAUGAGUUCAUCCAUCGCGCCGUGGCCCAGUACGCCUCCUCCCUUCCAUCGCCGCGCCCAGUCCAAGUGUUACAUGGCCCGCCACUUCCAUUACCACC